GUAGACUGCCAUUUGACAUUUUUUAUUUUUUCCGGGUUAAAUGGUACUAGACAAGAAUCUCAUUAUCAUCUCCUUUUUAAAAAUCUGCCACAAAUAACUGGUCAAUUAGCUGCAAUAAAACACACUAAAUUGUUCCAGAUCAAAAUGUACUCCCUCUAUAGAGCUUGGUUAUCCCUAAAUCCUUCCACUGGACUACCUCCAUUAUCAGUUCCUCCAGUGCCACUAAACCUCUCAGUGUCGACUCCUGGACAAAUUCCAGACGCUCCCGACGUGACGUUACAAGUGGGACCAACAAUGACACAUUUUUCGGCACAUCGUGGCGUUUUGUCCGCUCAUAGUGGAUAUUUUAAAGCGGCAUUAGCCAAUCAUGGAGGUUUGUCGCCGAUUUCAGUACCGAACGUUAAUGUUGACGAGUUCUCCUCACUACUCACCUUCAUGUACACGGGUUUCUUGGACCUCAACCUUACUAACAUUUACAGUAUUCUACUGGCUACCCACAUACUACACAUGCCGCGAGCACUUGAAUUAUGUAGAACGUUUUUGCUUCAACAAGGACCGCACACCUCCGAGGUACAACAGCAGAAGAUAAACGUCAUUAAACCAAUUGCUACUAGAAAAAUGACUCCGUCCAUGCAGGAGUGUUUUAACCCGGCCAGCUAUGGAGAAUUACCAAAAAGUACAAACACAUCCUUUAGGGCUGUGAAAGAGGAAUCGUACCUCAGUCAAGCUUCCACCAGUAAAGAAGAGACGAAACAAACAGGACGUAGUCCAACUAACAGUGUAAAGGAGAAGAAAGCGAAUACCUUAAAAGCCAGCAGCAAGAGGCGAAUUGAAGCAUCUUCAAAUAAGGAAAAGGUUAUUAUCGAUGUGGCUUGUUGUGAUGGGCCAGUGAGGUUUCAUCGGGUGAUUAAUAAAAAUUAUGGCCUGCAAGACGAGGAAAACUUUGAUAUUUCAUCUAGCCAACAAAGCUACAGCUCGACGGACUUUAACAGAACGACCGCAAUGAAUAAAGUGAUGAAUGAAAAUAUCAUGGAGAAACUGAACUCGACAGAAGAGAAUCAGCAUAGUGAAGUGUUCACAUGCGUGUAUUGUAAUCAUACAUUUAAAUCACAAUAUUGCUAUCAAAAACAUGCCAGGCGCCAUCUCUACCCCGUCAGUGUCGAUAAAGGUGCUCAAGCCGAAACUAAAAGGGAAGUAAAACUUCUGGACAUGAACGUGCAGUACUACCCAUGUAAAACUUGCGGCAGCAAAUUUCCAAGUUACUAUUUUGUCCAUAAGCAUAGAAAAAUGUGCCAUGCCGAAGAAGUCGCUGACAAGAACCACAAAAACAAUGAAAUUGUAGUAGAAUCUGCCAUAACUAGGGAGGAGAAUAGCAGUUGCAGUGCGAUUGAUGUUGAAGCAGUUCAAAAUGAAAAUGAACAAGACAUAACUUAAAAUAAUAUUGCCAAUUCCCUUAUCACAAAAAACCUGUACCUUUACUACAAAUUGUUAAUCAAUAAAAACUAAUAAAGAGUAAAAUAGAGAUGUGAAGAUAAAACAUGUAAACAUUUCCAGUAAUUGUAUAGAGUAUGAUUAUAAUUGACAGGGUAUUCACGUAGUUUAUUAGAGAACACAUUAUUGUAGUCCGCUCAAUUAAGUAAUUUACUUAUAUUUUCAUGAUUGCUUCAUUUUCAUUUGGUAUGUAAACGGGAUAAUCAAAUAAUGGGCAUAUCACGGUUACUAAAUGUAUUAUUUUGAAAACAUGAAAAAUUUAUUAUGAAUGUUAAUCCUCAAUUUUUUCGUAAGCGUAGAAGCAAAAUAAAGGUAAUUACUUUCAA